UUGAGAGUUCUGCACAUCACUUCAUGCCAUUUUAUCAUAAAGGAACAGUUCACCCAAAAAGUAUAUACUCUUCAUAUACUCACCCUCAUAUUGUUCCAAACUAUUAAGUUUAUUUUUCAGUAGAUAAGAAAGUUGUUGCUAAAUGUCCGAGCUGCUCUUUUCCAUACAAUGAAUGAGUGAUUACACCCAAAAAGUAUAAUGAGUGAUUAAAAAAUAACAUAAAAUUGGUUUGUGGUUGUUUGUCUAUAUUCCAAAUGUUCUGAAGACUUAACAUAACUGUGGGGAACAAGCACAAACUGCAUCGUGCCAUCAGCGACAUGAAAGAUUAUUCGUUCUCGCACAACUGUUUUCACAUAUUUAAACAUCUUUAAAUCAGAACAUGCACAUACAGUAUCACAUUUGAGCUCUACAGCUGAAGGAAUUAAAAAUAACUGCUUUUGGUCUGUUCUUCAUUCAAAACUAUAUAUAGACCAUAUAGCUUCAGAAGACUUUGCAUAUGGUGUAUGCGUGUGAUGGUGUGUGUAUUAGUAUUAUACUGUUUUUGUUGUUGUUUUCACAUUUGUAAAACUUGGAAGCUUGACGGCAUCAAUAUACACUUUCAUUGCAUAAAAAAAAACUGUCUGAACAUUCUAGAUAAACGAGAACAGAAUUUUCAUCUUUGGGUGGACUUCCUUAAGGCAGAUGCAGGUGGAUCCUGGAAAUCUUUAAAGAUAUCAAAUGUUAAUCUAAUGAUUUAACAAAAGCAAAAGGAUGUUUGCAUAGACAACAUCACUAUUUGUCUCUCUUUGUAAGAGUGCUUGCAUUAUUGAAUCUUAAAUUGCUACUAAUCUCUCAUUUUACACACCUCUGCAUUUCCAGCUUUGACCAACCAAUUAAAACUCAUGUGGCUUCUGUUUAACAUUUCAAAAUGUAAAUAUUAUAUAAAAAAACAAAACAUAAAAAAGCCAAAGACAUUGUUUUGUGUUUAUGUAGAGGAUAAUUUGUGAGUAUUAUGGUUUAAAUAAAACUUUUUGUAUUAAAAAUGUUGCCAGUGUUGCAUACAGUCACUUGCUCAUAAAAAUGCAUGUACACACACGACACAUUCACCAUGGUUAAUUACUCUCUCUGCGAAUUGCUAAUUUAUUACUAGGCACAUAGCAAACUGUGUCUCUGUUCAGUUUUUAGUUACAGGACCAUACAGCUAGCACAGUUUAAUUAUAUAAACAACUCCGGAAUAAAGGGUACUGGUUUGGCUGCAAUAGCCUCAAGGUCUCUUCCCUGUUCAGAUGGUGAGCUAUUAAUGGUCACUUUUCAAUGCAUUCUACCUCUGUAGCACUUGAAGUGGAGUCUGAAGGUAGUAAGGGAAAGAAUUACUUGAAUCUCAAGACAUCCAAGUGGCAAAACCUCAAUUAUUUCCAUUAGAGUGGUAUUGGACUGCUAUUCCUAUAGCUAACAACAGACUGUUGAUUAAAGUAUUGUUAAUGAUUCCUGAAGAAUGACUGCUAUGGGUAGGGGAGGAGGUGAACGUCCAUUUAAGCUGAUGCACUAGUGAUAGUAGAACAGAUAAUUUGGUUUUAAAAAACAACAAAAACAACUUAGUUUUUCCGUUUGCUCUUUUGAGAAAACCAUUGUCCACCAACCUCAUUGUUAAGGUAGGUUCCUUGUGGCCUUGGUUAGACCUAUAGGUUACAGAUUUGAGAGCAAUGUGGGACUUAUUCCUCUGCUUGUUACCUUCUCUGCUGCUGGGUCAGGCUGACACUCAUUUUCUGAUAAUAACCAAACUAAUGUGGCCCACAAAGGAAGGUGCUGAACUGUCCUUUACACGGGAUUACCUUCUCCUAAAGGAUGGGGGUACUGUGGCCCUGGAUUGGGCUGUGAGUCUGACAGACCAACAAUCUCAUGCCAAAAGGGAUCAUCAUCCUGAAGGAAGAUUUCUGGGCCAUCACUCUAGUAAUCCUGCUAUUGUUGUUAUAAUUCCCAAUGCCAUAGGCAGAGUAACACCACACUUGCUUAUGUUGUGCUACCAGUAACUAUUUAUAUUGAUUUUUUUGUUUUGUUUUGGUGUGUGACCAUUGACUACUCCACACUACCAGGAGUUUGAAUAUGCUUCUGACCUUUUAGCAUACUUGCGGAGUCAUCAUCCAACCUCAAUUUUGCUUGCAGUGACUAGGUCUGGAUCAGGGUUAUUGCUGUCCUAUCUGGGGGAAUGGCAACCCUGUGGCUCUUCAUCUUACCCGACAGCCGUUGCUUGCAUCUCUCCUGUGUUUCAUGGACAACUGUGGUUUGAGUAUGAGCUACCUUGGCUCUAUCACUGGAUAGCCCUCAUGUACCGCAAGUUUCAAAUAAACAGGUACGCCACUGCUUUGGGCUCUGUGAUGGAUAUAGCAAAAAUUCUAUACUGCAACUCCUUGAGAGAUAUGGAAGAGCUCAUAUUCUGUGCUCCUAAGCAGUCGGAUCACAGAUUAUCAAUGAAGCCUGACUGGCCAAGCUACUGGGAGAGGAAUGAACCUUUACGAGAUGCAGAUGAAGUUGCAGUGCCAGUGCUCUGUUUGUAUAGCCAAGAUGACCCUCUUCUUCCACCUCUCUCCACUGUACCUGAGGGACUUUUUCAUAAUAGCCCUUACUUCUUGCUGGCUGUGACGGAACAGGGAGGACACUGCGGCUUUAUGCAUGUGGAUGGUCAUGGAGGUACUACUUCCUGGAGUCAUUCUGUGGUGCUGGAAUACUUUAGGGUAGUUGCCGGUUUCUUCAGGGUAGAGGAGAAGAAAGGCUUCAAAGAUGUUAUUGCACAAUGUGGCAGCCAGAGUCUGAGGCAUACUGUAGCAACAGUGGCGUGCUGUCUAGAAGAACAAACUUGGUCUGGAAAGAAAGGGCCCAUCUUAGGUUCAUGAAGACUGCCAAUCUCAACUCCCUCUGAUACAUUCACACUUGAAGAGGAGCAGGAGGAUUUUACUUGGAAUAGAUCCUAUACACACUGAGUGAGAGAAGCAUAAGAUCAUAGUAGAUUGUUAGUGCUAAACUUCCUACAAAAAGGCACAGUACAUGUUUACAUGGAUAGUUCACCCAAAAAUGCAAAUUAUGUCAAUUACUCACCCUCAUGACAUUCCAAACUGACACGGAAGAGAUGAAACUGUUGAAUAAAGUUAUUUUUGUUUUCUUUGUGCACAAAA